GUUGGCUGAAAAAAGUCCCUUUUUUUGUCUUAGUCCAAUUGAGCAAAAGGCUUUGUUUUUCCUUAGAAGACAGAGACAAACUAGCACUCUGUGGAAAUCUGAUUUCAGUUGGAGAGCCACAUGUGAUGCUACAUGUGGGCAUGUUUUGCAUUGACUAAGUGGAAACCUGAUGUUUUUUUUACACUUAGUUAGACCUGAUAGGGAAGAAAAGUAAAUAAUCACAGAGUUACAUGGAUCUAUGGGUUCUUAUGCAUUCAGUGGUCACUAUUGCCUUCUGGCUGCUCAUGUGAUUGUUGGAAGCCAAAGGGAAGCAUGUGAUUAAUUCUGAGAGUGCUUUGGCCGUAAAUGAAAAAAUGGGAUUUGCUUUGCAGUUCUUACAGACGUGGAUGGUGUUAGCUCUACAGGAGUACAAGACAGAAAAAGAGUGAGAGGACAAGUUCAGUUGUGUGUGCCUCAGGCAGCGGGUGGAGGCUGCAGCUUGUCCCCCUAGGCAGGAGUCUGACUCGCACUUGCACAGAGGCUCAGAUGAAGGAGGAGGAACAAGAGGGAGUGGCAUCCAAACAGAAGGCAUUUAUCCACUGAGCAGCACAGAUGAGUGCAGACUGUCAGUUAGUCUGUCACUCAGAGGCAGCAGGCCGAGACAACAACCAUCAUUCUCCUGUUGGCUCCUCUGCUGUGUCUGGAGGCUGAUGAAGAGGAGGUAGCUCGUGCCAAAGAGGCCUGGGUUCAUUCUGGUUAACAGGAUGCAUCUGGUUGUAGAACCCGUUCAGGAGGUCAUGAUGAAGAUUUUACCUUAUUUUGUGGAGAAUGCUGUGCUGACCCAGAGUGACAUAAACCGCAUCUUGAGUGAGAGCUUCUUUAUGGUGAAGGGAGCUGCUCUCUUCCUGCAGCAGGGCAGCAGUCACCAAGGCCAGAAGGCACAUCCUCACCACAAACAUGCAGGAGACUUACCUCAACACCUGCAGGUCAUGAUAAACAUCCUUCGCUCGGAGGACAGAAUUAAACUGGCGGUACGGCUGGAAAGUGCAUGGUCAGACCGAGUGCGGUACAUGGUCGUCGUGUACACCAGUGGGAGACAAGACAGCGAGGAGAACAUCCUACUGGGAAUCGAUUUCACCAACAAAGACUGCAAAAGCUGUUCGAUCGGCAUGGUACUACCUCUGUGGAGUGAUACAAAGAUCCAUCUGGACGGAGAUGGGGGCUUUACAGUGAAUACAGCAGGUCGGACUCAUGUCUUCAAACCUGUGUCAGUGCAAGCUAUGUGGUCAGCUCUGCAGGUGCUGCACAAAGCAUGUGAGGUGUCACGGAGAUAUAACUACUUCCCUGGAGGCAUGGCUCUCACCUGGAUGGGCUACUACGAGAGCUGCAUUGCUUCAGACCAGAGCUGUAUCAAUGAGUGGAAUGCUAUGAAGGACUUGGAGACAACACGACCAGACUCUCCAACUAUGUUUGUUGACAAGCCUUCGGAGAGGGAAAGGACAGAGUGCCUUAUCAAAGCCAAACUCAGAAGCAUCAUGACGUGCCAGGAUCUUGAGAACGUCACCUGCAAACAGAUCCGUACUGAGUUGGAGCAGCACAUGAACUGUAACCUGAAGGAGUACAAGGAGUUCAUCGACAAUGAGAUGCUGCUGAUUCUGGGUCAGAUGGAUAAAGCCACCCUCAUCUUUGAUCAUGUCUACUUGGGAUCCGAAUGGAAUGCAUCUAAUUUGGAGGAACUGCAAGAGACAGGGGUGGGCUAUAUCCUCAAUGUUACCAGGGAGAUCGACAAUUUCUUUCCAGGCACAUUCAGUUAUCACAACAUACGUGUCUACGAUGAAGAGACCACUGACCUGCUAGCUCACUGGAAUGACACAUACAACUUCAUUGUUAAAGCAAAAAAGAACCACUCCAAAUGUCUUGUCCACUGCAAGAUGGGUGUGAGUCGGUCUGCGUCUACUGUCAUUGCUUAUGCCAUGAAGGAGUUUGGCUGGUCGCUGGAGAAAGCUUACAACUUUGUCAAGCAAAAAAGAAGCAUCACUCGUCCCAACCCUGCUUUCAUGAGACAGCUGGCGGAGUAUGAGGGCAUCUUGGAUGCCAGCAAACAACGUCACAACAAGCUGUGGCAUCCAGAUGCAGACUGUGAGAUGGUUGAGGGGCAGCAGGGGUCGGCCCAGUGCUGUGGAGGAGACGAGGGAGACCAUGUGACCCCAGAGCCUGGCAUGUCUCCCUGCUGUGAGGAGGCUUUGUCGGAUAAAGGUGCCGCAUGCCCGUCACCAUGCAGGACUGUUGCAUUGGAGAUCGAUCCUGCCUAUAACAACUAUUACUUUCGUCGGCUCUCGGACUCCGCCCUGGACAGCGAGCCCUCGACACCAGUGCGCGGUCCCCCCCUUCUGGGAAUGGAAAAGGUUUUCAUAGAAAUUGAAGAUGUGGAGCGGGAUGCGCUGUUGGACGAUGAGGCCUUCGAUGGACGGGACGGUCUGCCACUACCACACUUUGGGCCGUCAGCCGAGGGAACUGCUGCCCAGACCUGCAGUCGGGGGCCGGAGCCUCUGGAGGAGCUGCGCCUGAGGCUAGAGUUUAGUACAGUGGAAGAGGAGGAUGAGGAGGAGGUGCAAAAAGAAGAGGCAGAGAUGGAGGUACUCAUGCAACCAGAUGACGGAGGGGGAGGGGAAGGAGGUGGAGGGGAAGAAACACAAGAUGUAGAAGUUGAAGGGGAUGCAGAGGGCAAUGGGAUGGACCUGGCGACCCUGAAUGAAAAUUCCAACAACAACAACCAUUUGAGUACUCCACAGAGCCUCAGUGACAGUGACUCCCUGAUCCCUCCUCCAGCUGAUGCUUCCCUGUCUUGGUGGGAUUGUGAGUCCAAGAAGAAGGAAGUCUCUCCACCCUUAGUGUCUAAGCUUUGCCUUAACCGCAGUCCCCUUGAAAUCCCAAGUGCUUCAUCAUUCCCUUUAACCCAAACCUCCUGUGACAGCCUUGUGUCUUCAGCGCGCCUGCUACGCCCUUGUGGCCCUCUGUGUGAAUGUGCCAACUGUGCAACCUUGCCUUCCACAGUGGAACAGACAGAAGAUUCAGUGCACCUAGUGGAGUCAGAGGACAGUGGUCCACUAUUAGAAGUAAAGACUGAGAGUGAGAAAAAUCAGUGUGAAGAUGUUUCAGAAGCUCUGCCUGUGCUGAUGAGAAUGGAUUUAGGGGAAGAGAAGCCUGCAAUGGCCUGCUACAUUGGUCAGCAACAAGAGACUCUUGUGCAGCUACGGAGGUCUGGGUUGGUCCGCCGCCGUGCAGAGAGACUAGAGAGACUUUCAGGUUUGUCCCAGGAUGGCCUGCAGUCCCUGAAGCCUUUGCACGCAUGCCAAAUGUCCAAGAAGAGCUCCUUUCACACCGAGGAGGAAGAAGAGUUCUCUUGCUUUACUGGGGACUUCCCAAAAUCUUCUACACCAUGCCAAGUGCGGUUAGAGCCACUUGUGGUGCCACUGACCAACGAAGCCUUGUUGGGGGUGGUGGGGUCUGGGCUGCUCACACCAACCACGUCUCCCCACGGCUCCACCCUGACACGCAGCUCCAGCAGUGACAGUCUGCGCAGCGUGAGAGGGAAACCUGGUCUAGUACGUCAGAGGGCGCAGGAGAUCGAAACCCGCAUGCGCCUGGCGGGCCUGACAGUGCCCUCGAGGCUGAAGCGGUCCAACUCGCUGGCCAAGUUGGGCAGCCUCAAUUUCUCCUCCGAGGACCUGUGUUCAGCCUGCUCAUCAGAUGCAGGAACGUUGCUGCUCCUCUCACUGUCCCCAGAGCCAGACCCAGGCCUGGACUGGGAUUCCCCAACCACACCUGCUCAACCCCGACCCUGCAAAGACUUGCACACUCCAGAGAGAGCACUACCAUACGAGCCUAGGAGCUGACACAUCAAGAAGAGAUUACAUAUCCUCCAGCCAUGUCCUCAUCUAUCAGUAUGUGGACUGGAGAAGGUUGUACAGAUCCUGGAAACAAGAGUCUAAGGAAAUGAACAACAAAACAAAAUAAUGCCAACUGUUUAAGGGGUGUAUGCUCUCCUUUGCCACAUAGUUUCUCAAACUGCUGUUCACAGUGAUUAAAGUCAUAUUGCUGUAUCUGACAAGUGUGCAAAGCCAUCAGUUCACCUCUAACUUUGUUUGAGUCAUGGACAAACAAGUGCCUUACCUAUGAGACCAGAGGCACAGAGCUGUGUUAGACUGCAGGAUGAGAGAAUGCAAGACACUCUUUAACCUUUAAAAUCACAGCUGUUAGAACCUGUCAUGUACCAAAAUAUGCUAUGGUAUUCUUUGGCACUUAACAUUAUUUUUACCUUUCUGGUAUCCUUCUUCCAUGAACCUGAGACACAUAAUGGUUCUCGACAGAAAGCAAAGUGAUCAGUAAAUGUUGAGUCGUUUACCGCACAGUUGAUGUUUUAGAGUCUAGAGGGUUGUAAAAUUAAUGGUUACCUCGUGUUGCAUUUAUGGAGCUCUUUUUUCAGAUAAAACACCAGGCUGGAGUUUAAUUCAGUUCAUUUUCUGAUGUUGACUUAAGUGAGAGUAAGACUAAAUCAGUUCUGAGCUCAUUAUUAAACCAGAGGUGUGUGUCGUAAUGCAUUAAUGCGUGAUUAUAUGUGAGUCUGAGUGAGUGAAUGGGGCGAACAUGAAACAAAAGGGUUGUGACUUUAUUUUUGCCAGAGGCAUGUUCACUGUUUUCAACAAACAGAACAGAAACAUUUCUGAGUUUGUUGUUCCUUUGCACUGCUUUUUUAUAAGUGAAUACUGGUACACAGCAAGCUAUCCUCCAAAAUAACUUUAGAACUAUGUUAUCAUUUUAUCAUGAGAGUGAAGAGUCACGUUGCAUGGCUUGAAAUCAAACAAAUGUGUAGUGUGACAGAAACUGAGGUUUUACAGCAGUUGGUUCAUAAAAUCUAUCUGUGGGGUUUUCCCAGAAUAAAGCUCCAUAAACAUUUUGGAUAAGAUUUUAAAAACAUAUAACAUCCAAACCUUCUGUACCUUAAAUUAACACAUUCAUGAGAGUUGCCAAUAUUUAAAGUCAUUUGUGCUUUUUGAAAUGUGAAAGACCAAAGUUCUUUGGCUGUCUCAACGAAUUGGAAACACCACUGAAGCUGUACAAAAAAUGUGAAUUACUAUGUCAAUCAUGUAUGUAUUUAAAUGCUGUCACAUCUUUUUGCACCUUUGGGAGAAAUGAAAAGAGACUUGAUGGGGUCAUUGGGCUCAUAGCUGUUAAGCUUUUAUACUCAUAUCAUCAAUGAGUUUUAAAGCUUGUGUCACACUCAUGUGACAAUGAUCACAAUAGGUUACUUCACAGUUUUGUAACCAUUUUCUUUUUAUAUUUAAGUAUGCAGUAACUUUUGUACUGUACAUUGCUGUAGUUUGAAUGCAUAUUGCACUUUUUAAGUUGGUCAAAAUAAUGUACUGUAUGUGUUAAUUAUGGAAAUAAACAUUUCUUUUACAUAAAA